UGGGCCGAAUAGCCGAUAGUCACUACAGCCCGGCCUUGUGUUGAAUUUCCUACACUCGAAUUACCAGCAAUGGGGGCGUAAGGUACGGUGGCGGGAGAUUGCAAUUCUCCCCUUCAAUCCAUGGCUGAGAAGUGCAAGUAUUCUUGCAAGACUGCUAGUGAAACCCUAGAAUGGAUUCAUGCAAUUAUCCACUUCAUAUCACCCUACCGUUAUUUCUUAGAUGCUCAUGUCGUCAAUUUCUUCAAGGAUAGACUAUGGGAAGCAGUUGAUAAAGAGUGGAUGCAUUGUUUACGGAAGGAGCCUGUUGAAAAUCUUCUCCGAAUUCCUUCUGGUGUCGUUCAGGGUCACUGGCCUGUUUCACUUAAGGAAUUCAUCCUUACUCUGAGGUCUCUUUCUCUUCCACGUGAAAAGACAGAUUUGCAGGAAUUUUCAGGAAUGCACAUAGCUUCACUAAGUAAUGUUUUAGCUCAAGGCAUGAAUCAUAAGAAAAAGCAUGAAGUAGAAGCCCUUGCUGCCCUGGUCGGUUUAGUUGCAAAGCAAGUUGGAGCACAGACAGUUGUUGAUGUUGGUGCUGGACAGGGUUAUCUUGCUCAAGUGCUUGCCUUUGAGUACCAGCUUUCUGUAAUUGCCAUUGAUGCUUGUUCACAUCAUGGUAAGAUUACUGAUGCACGUGCGGAGCGAAUCAGGAAGCACUAUGCAGCUAAGAUGCGUAAAAAUGGCUCCGAACUUAGAGAGAUUAGCAUGCCAAAGACAGUUACAUGCCGGGUGCUGUCUUCUGACACAUUGAAGACCUUAAGUAACUUCCUAGAAGAGAAUGAUGAUGCAGCGAAUCAACAUUUGAGCCAAAAAUGUUCGGGCUCUCAGCUCUCUCGGCUUGCUGAGAAUAUACUGCCUUCUCUAUCCUAUAGUGAUUCUUCAUUAGUUAUUGCUGGACUUCAUGCCUGUGGAGACCUCUCGGUGACAAUGCUGAGGACAUUCUUGGAAUGUGACAAAGCUAAGGCGGUGAUUAGCGUUGGUUGCUGUUAUAACUUGCUUUCUGAGGAAGCCAGUGACAUGGUGGAUUCUUGUUGUGGUUUUCCUGUAAGCCAAGGUGUUAAAUCUGCUGGAGUAGUGCUAGAUAAAAAUGCUCGUGAUCUAGCUUGUCAGAGUGCUGAUAGAUGGAGAGGCUUGGAUGAGCACGCAGGGCUUCACAACUUUGAGUUGCAUGCAUUCCGUGCUGCUUUCCAGAUGGUUCUUUUCAGACAUUACCCACACAUAUUGCAAGAAAGCCCUACAAUAGGACGUCAAGGGAAAGCCUUACGACGCCAACAGCAUCAGAGGAUCCUGGAGUCUAAUUUGCAUUAUAGGGGCCCUUCAGAAUAUGGGGAACCACGGAAGAAUGUGGCCUUUUUCCAUGAGUACUCUUCUAUUCAGAAUUCUAAAAGCAGGGAGUCUAGCACUGUGGACAGAUACUCACUAUUUGUAAAAUUUUGUGAAUCUGGGCUAGGUCGCCUACAUCUUCCUUGUUUGGAGGAUAUUGAUUACAGUGCAGUCUGGAGGGAGUCUGAAUCAUAUGCUGAUAUUGCCUCUUGAAGAUCAUAAUUGGAUGAUUUAAGUGGUCAAGAUACUCCUACUCAGCAGCCCCUAGGGGUUAGUCAAUUGGCAAAAUUUGAGUGACUUGUGUCUUAGGUCACAGGUUCGAGCCUUGUGCCAAACAAAUUAACUCGGGUGUUCAAGUAGAGAAGGGCAGAGGAACGAGCCCAUUAUCCCCGAGUUUUGGAGGCUGCAGUUGUCCCAAAAGGUCGGCUGCAGAUGGAUUUCUCGGUCAUUAAAAAAAAGAAGAUAUUUCUACUCAGCAUCAAUUAGAUCAGUGCGGUUCUAAAGGUCAAAAAUAUCUUAAUUUAGUUGAAGUUCCACAACUUUGUGGCCUUUGUUAUUUACUAGUUGAUGUAAUUGCUUAUCUUUUGAGUGGAGGUCUAUUGGUUGUAUGUGUUGCAUCAUAGUUCAUUCACAUUCCUGUGAGUUGCACGUGCCAGUCCUAUCUGGCUGACAAAGUUGCAUAAAUUCAGGUGCCUAUGAUCUGCUCAAGUAUCCAGAUCAUUUGAUUGGCUGAUAUGUGCAGUCCUUGGCGGUUUUAUUUUCUAACUAACUUAGAAAUGUCUAUUCUUAGAUUUUUUUUUGGGGCCUGGUAAAUAACAAAAAGAUUCCUUUUUAAAAAAAAAUAUUUUUCCUCUUCAC